GCCCAUGCUGCUGUGGGGACCGGGGGGUCGAAGGCCGAGGCGGCCGCUAAGAAGAAGAGGAGCGACAAGGGGGUGGAGCCCCCCACCAAGAAGCAGAAAGGCGCCGAGGGUGCUGUCGGGGGGGCGGCCCCCCUCAUAGUUAUUGACGACAUGCCCGCUGUUGAUGAGCCUCUGGCCUCGGUCCCCCCGAAGGAUCCGGUGAAUCCCCCCGGGCGGAAUCACCCCGGGAGAUCCGUCAGCUCUCCUUUGCCCCCGGCGCUUCGUUGAUGCACGGCACUGCCGAGCCGAAGGCCUUCCUGCGGGGCAUCACCUCGAAGAUGGACAGGGAAGUCUUCGAGACCGACGAUGACGAUGCCCUCGAGAACAGGAUCCUCCGGUCCUCGCUCACUGCCUGCAUAGCCCUCGGGGAACAGGCUCGGAGGCGCGAGGAAAGGCGUCUUCACGAGGCUGCCCAGGAUAAGAAGGUGGAGGGGCUGAUCCGCAAGAACUCCGAGGCGGUGAAGCAUGCUGCCCAGCUGGAGGAGGCCCUUCGGGAGGCGAAGGCGGCGGCGGAGAAGGCCAAGGCUGAUGGCAUAGCCGAAGGCAAGGCAGAGGCCGAGAGGGCUGCUGCCGAGGCGGCGAAGAAAGCCGCCGAUGAAGCCCAAACUGCUAAGGAGAGAGCUGCGGCCGAGGCCCGAGGGGAGGCAGUUGCGGAGUUCCUUGCUGAGGGCUGGAGGGCCGAGGGCCACAAGGAGUGGGUUGCCUCCGUGGUGGCAGCCUCGGUGGACGCUUGGGUAGAAGGCCCCGGGGUUGACUGGCUGACUGACAGGGGGGACGCCUACUACCAGGGGGGUGAGUUCUUUACCCAGCACCUGAUCUACCGGAGGCUUGCCAGGCACUUUGGCGUGUCCCUCGAGCAAUUCGACCCCUCGGCAUAUGGCCUCCCUCCGUUGCAACCAGAUGUCAGAGUUCCCC